AAAUUUCUGCAAAUGCUAUGAACUUCGGGUGCAGCGCAGCUAUCGUCUGGUGGCCAAUCGACGCGGCGGUCAGAAUCUCGUGUACAAUGGGCACAUGUACACCGUCGAGCGCAAAUAUCUGACGACCAUCAACUGGGUGUGCACCAAGAAUAGCAACGUGAAGAUUCGCUGCCCGGCACGCUGCGUAACAACAGCCGGCAGCAGCCGCAACAGCAUCAAGCUGAGCCAUCGCAAGCACAAUCAUGCCAGCAAUAUGUUCAAAAUGCACAAGCCUCGGCCAGUGUUGCCAGCUGAAUCCAAAGUUAAAAAUAGCUGCAGUUAGCUAUAAAUUGUCAACAGGAUUGCUGCCUCCUCCUCGCCACGACGCCGACGCAUCACCUACAGACGCCGCGCCGGCUGCCUGCUCAUCGACGGCUUUCGGUUUGUGAUCAGCUAUCAGCAGCGGAAGCGCUGCUAUCUGAAGUGUUCCAAUUUUCGGAGCCAGUGCCG